AUGAAGGUUGUCUUCCUGACUCUUCUCCUUGGUCUGAUUUGUGCUGCCCAGGAAGCUCCAGCUGAGCUAGACCCCUCAGAGAUUACAGGAGACUGGCACAGCGUUCUCACGGCCGCAGAUAACAAGGAGAAGAUUGAGGAAGGAGGCCCCCUGAGGGCAUACAUCCGUCGGCUUGAAUGUAAUGACACCUGUUCAUCGAUAGGCAUUAAAUUUUACGUCAAGGUUGACAGGACAUGCCUGUUAUUCACAGAAGUGGCAAAGAGACAAGAAGGAGAUAUUUAUGUCACUAAAUGUAAGGGUAAAAAUGCUUUGCAACUGAUUCAUGUAUCAGACAACAUGGUGGUAAAUUAUGUCGAAAAUGAUGAUGGAGAUAAGAUCACAAAAAUGACUGAAGGUGUUGCCAAAGAAAACAGUUUCACUCAAGAAGGACUUCAGAAGUAUCAGGAACUGAACAACGAAAAUGGGGUUCCAAAUGAAAAUACAGAAAAUCUCAUCAAAACAAGCAAAGCCCCAGAGGACAACAGGUAUCCAAAAUGAACAUAUAUUACUAGGACAUUCAA